AUGACGUUGACAAUUAAAUUCAUCCCGCUGAACCCUAUCAUACGUAUCUCUAAAUACGAAUUAUUGAUCACUUCCGUAUCGGAGCUGCAACUGCAGACAGAGCAUGAAAAUUCGCACACCGGCACCACACCGUUUCAGUGUAACGUCUGCCUGCUGCGCUUCACCCGGCGUUCGACCCUGUAUAAUCAUCGCCGAACGCACUCCAAAGAAUUGCCUUUCUUCUGUUCGAAAUGUGGCAGAGCGUUCAGAUGGAAGAACAGCUUACAGUGCCAUUAUGAAGUUCAUCGAAAAAACCAAAAACUGGAUUCCUCUUCUGAAGAGAAGCCCUUGAAGCUACCGAAAACUGCUUCUUCUGAACUGGUGAUAACGUUCGACAGAAUGAAUAUCAACUUUAUCCACGACCUGUUAGACAGCUCCUUCAGUUCAGACAGCCAAAAGUUUUGGUCCGCAACAGACAAUUGUUUUCAUGGAACUCUACCGGAAAAAUAUGCCGUUUUCCAUGACCGGAUAGAGUUAGUGAAUAAGGAAGCACCUUACGUUUUCCUUAGCGAAAUGCUAUGA